AUGGAAGAACAGCAGCCGGAGCCUAAAAGUCAGCGCGACUCGGGCCUCGGAGCGGUGGCAGCGGCGGCGGCGGUAGUGACGGUGGCGGCCCCGGGCGGCCUCAGCCUGAAUCUUAGCCCAGGAGCCAGCGGCAGCAGCGGCAGCGAUGGAGACAGCGUGCCGGUGUCCCCGCAACCCGCGCCCCCGUCGCCGCCGGCGGCGCCCUGCCUGCCGCCCCUAGCCCAUCACCCGCACCUCCCCCCGCACCCCCCGCCCCCGCCGCCGCCGCCGCCACCGCCACCUCCACCGCAGCAUCUCGCGGGUCCUCCUCACCAGCCACAGCCCGCGGCCCAGCUGCACCGCACCACCAACUUUUUCAUCGAUAACAUCCUAAGGCCCGAUUUCGGUUGCAAAAAGGAACAGCCCCUGCCUCAGCUCCUGGUGGCGGCGGCUGCAGCCGGAGGAGGUUCCGGAGGAGGAGGAAGCCGCGUGGAGCGUGACCGAGGACAGACUGGUGCAGGUAGAGACCCUGUCCACUCGCUGAGCACGCGAGCUUCGGGCGCUGCCUCGCUAUUGUGCGCCCCAGAUGCGAACUGUGGCCCGCCCGACGGCUCCCAGCCCGCCACCGCCGUCAGCGCGGGAGCAUCCAAAACUGGGAACCCGGCUGCUGCGGCGGCGGCAGCGGCGGCGGCUGCAGCGGCGGUGGCGGCGGCGGCGGCGGCAGCUUCGAAGCCCUCGGACAGCAGCGGCAGCAGUGGAGGCAGCGCAGGGAGUCCUGGGGCGCAGGGCGCCAAGUUCCCGGAACACAACCCCGCGAUCCUACUCAUGGGCUCCGCUAACGGUGGGCCAGUGGUCAAGACUGACUCGCAACAACCCCUAGUUUGGCCCGCCUGGGUCUACUGCACACGCUACUCGGACCGUCCGUCUUCUGGUCCACGCACCAGGAAGCUAAAGAAGAAAAAGAACGAGAAGGAAGACAAGCGGCCUCGGACGGCGUUCACGGCCGAGCAGCUGCAGAGACUCAAGGCGGAGUUCCAGGCAAACCGCUACAUCACGGAGCAGCGGCGACAGACCUUGGCCCAGGAGCUCAGCCUGAACGAGUCCCAGAUCAAGAUCUGGUUCCAAAACAAGCGUGCUAAGAUCAAGAAAGCCACGGGUAUCAAGAAUGGCCUGGCGCUGCACCUUAUGGCCCAAGGACUGUACAACCAUUCUACCACCACGGUCCAGGACAAAGACGAAAGCGAGUAG